CUGCUGUAUUCUGAUUCUUUUAAUAAGCCAUGUAACUUUCUAUGAUCCCAGAUUUAUAACAGGUGUAAUACUGGUGUGUGGCCAUAGUGCGCACAGCUGAUGUUGCUCACAGUGGUCCUCAGUUUACUCAGGGAGCCUGUGUGUAUGCCCAGACACAUGAAAAAUUAGAGGGAACAUUGCUUAUGUUCCUCAUUAACCAUAUUGGGAGUUGCAAAGAUUUUUUUUUAUUACUCGUGUAGUGCAGUUGCGUGGUGUGGACUCUCUGGGCCGCUGUUGAUCAACGUAAUGCUAUUUAAAUAGCGUUUAUAGAGAAGGAAAGCGCCAUGCUUUUUCUCAGUAAGAUCGGGCUUUUCAGUGGAGCACACCGAAAGAAACAAUCGUCAAAGGAAUAUAUCAAUCUGGAACAUGUUUUUUCCAUCCUUCAUUCAAAACAAUCCAAUUUUCAACCAUAUUCUUCUUCAAUAAAUCUGACUGACAUAAGCGGAUGUAUUUUUGCUGGACCGAUGCUCCCGAUAUAACAAUGAAACGGCAAGUACUGUUGGUCUUUUCUGCCGUCGCUUUGCAUUUGGUGCUCGGCCAGGUCAGCUAUUCCAUUCCGGAGGAAAUGAGCAAAGGGUCGUUGAUCGGUAACAUAGCUCAGGAUUUAGGACUGGAUAUUAAACGUUUGAACGCUGGUAAAGCUCGCAUCCAUAUGGGAGACAAUGCAGAGUACAUUCAGCUUAACAAGGAGAGGGGGCUCCUUACGAUCAGAGAAAAAAUAGACCGCGAAGCUCUCUGUGCUCAGACAACGCCUUGCGCUUUGCAUUUGCAGAUUGCGUUAGAGAACCCGAUAGAAAUAUUUUCCGUUACCGUAGAAAUCACUGAUAAAAAUGACAAUGCUCCAAUAUUUGAAAAGGAAGAAAGAAGGUUUGAAAUUAGCGAAUCUGCAGUCGUGGGCUCCAAAUUCAUGCUAGAGAAAGCAAUAGACCCAGACAUCGCGUUAAAUGGUCUCCAAAGCUAUUCCUUGAAGCCAAGUGAUAAUUUCAUUCUUAAAGUGCACAGUCAGUCCGACGGUGGAAAAAGAGCUGAAAUGAUUUUACAGAAACCUCUCGACAGGGAAAAAGAGGAAUUUAUUUCAUUGUUGCUAACAGCAGUAGAUGGCGGAGAGCCGCAGCGGUCUGGCACUAUGCAGAUUCAUAUUACAGUGUUAGACGCAAAUGAUAAUGCUCCUGUUUUCACACAACCCAUUUACAAAGCUACAGUCCAGGAGAACUCAGUCAAAGGAACACUAAUCACCAAAGUGAGUGCCUCCGAUGCAGACAAAGGCUCGAAUGGAGAAGUAAGCUACGUAAUAGGAAAUAGCGUGAGAUCGAUUUUAGAAAUAUUCCACAUUAAUGAAGAUGGUGAGCUAAUUUUAAAUGGGCCUAUAAAUUAUGAGAAAACCAAAAAAUAUGAAAUCGAUGUAGAGGCGGUGGACAGGGGAGGUCUUUCUGACUCUUGUAAGGUAAUUAUUGAUGUAGGUGAUAUUAAUGACAACAGUCCAAUUAUUAAAAUUAUUUCGACAUCUAUUUCAAUAGGAGAAAAUUCGAAAUCAAACACAGUGGUAGCUGUAAUGAGCGUUAGUGAUCCUGAUUCUGAAGAAAAUGGUAAAGUCCGAUGUGCAAUAAAUAAAAAUACUCCGUUUACGAUUAUGUCAACAUCCAGUAAUUUGUAUAGCUUGGUGACAGACAGUGAGUUAGACAGAGAGACAGCCUCUGAGUAUAAUAUCACAGUGACCUGCUCUGAUGAAGGAGUUCCCUCCCUCUCUAGCAGCGUCACUCUCAACUUACAGAUCUCUGAUGUAAAUGACAACGCACCUGUAUUUGAGAGAAGCGCUUAUGAGGCCUACAUUGUAGAAAACAACACACCAGGUGUGUCUAUAUCCACAGUAAAAGCUAGAGACGCUGACUGGAACCAGAAUGCUCGUGUGUCGUACAUACUGGAGGAAUCAUCUGUUAACGGAGUGCCAGUCUCUUCAUACGUAUCUGUUAGUGCUGAUAGAGGAGUCAUCCAUGCAGUUCGCUCUUUUGAUUACGAGCAGAUCAAAGAUUUCAAGUUCUGCAUUAAAGCGCAGGAUGGAGGCUCUCCUCCACUGAGCAGUAACGCGACUGUGAAAAUCCUGAUCCAGGAUCAGAACGAUAAUCCACCCCAGGUUCUGUAUCCAGUCCAGACUGGUGGCUCCAUGGUGGCUGAAAUGGUUCCUCGUUCAGCAGAUGUGGGCUACCUGGUGACUAAAGUGGUGGCUGUGGAUGUGGACUCUGGACAGAAUGCCUGGCUCUCCUAUAAACUACAGAAAGCCACAGACAGAGCGCUGUUUGAAGUGGGCUUACAGAAUGGAGAAAUAAGAACUAUCCGUCAGGUGACUGAUAAAGAUGCUGUGAAACAAAGACUGACUGUCAUAGUGGAGGACAACGGGCAGCCCUCUCGUUCAGCUACAGUCAUUGUUAACGUGGCGGUGGCGGACAGCUUCCCUGAAGUGUUGUCGGAGUUCAGUGAAUUUCCACACGAUAAGGAAUACAAUGACAACCUGACUUUUUACUUAGUGUUGGCUCUGGCUGUGGUUUCCUUCCUCUUCAUCACGUGUUUAGUGGUUAUUAUAUCAGUGAAGAUCUACAGAUGGAGACAGUCUCACAUCCUGUAUCACUCCAGCCUCCCUGUGAUUCCAUAUUAUCCACCUCGUUACUCAGACACUUUGGGAACAGGAACUCUGCCACAUGUGUACAAUUACGAGGUGUGCAGAACAACUGACUCUAGAAAAAGUGACAUUAAGGUUGGCAGAGCUGGUAGUCAAAACAUGUUGAUAAUGGACACAAGUACUACAGGGACAAUGCAGCGGAUACAAAGUGAGAAGAACAUCCUGGAUGAACCUGACUCUCCUCUAGAGGUUUGA